AUGGACAUCUUCAUCCGAAAUGUAGCCAUUCCGGCUAACGACAAGCACCUUACUGAUGUGCUCCGCUAUCCGCUUGAGCAGCUGUCAAUCUUUGCCUAUGAUUGCAAGAAGAUGAAAAACAAGGGCUGCGCUAUCCUCACAAUAGCCGACGAGAGCCUCGCGGCAUCUUUCAUGACCAUUUACGGCUACAGAGAGAACCCGAACCCUCAAGACAGGCAGGCCCAACGAGCAAAAACCAUAGUCUUCCUUCAACGAACUCUGAUUUUCACUCAGAGCACCAGCAAACCUGACGAGACGCUUCUACGAGCACUGAAAUUAGAGCAAAAGGUCAAAAGCGAGAAGCAGAAAGAGAAUCUAGUGGCCAAGCUUGGCCCACCCCAGCCAAGUUUGCAGCAGAAAUAUGCCCUCAGCCAACUCUGCUGCGGAGUCUGGGACUAUCACCACAGAGCCCUCGCGUAUGUGCCGUACUUUCAGGACCGUCGAAGCGGCACCAUCAUCUUCGGAAAGACCUCACUCGUGAUAAUCCUAGAGGCUUCGAAUGGAGUGAACUGGAGAUGCCGAAUUGACAUUCCUUACUACAGCAUUGACAGUAUCACCACAGGCAGCUAUGCCAAUCCAGCUAUCGCGUUAACGCUGACCAUGGCGCCUCGUAUGUACCGCUUAGAUCCCGACCCGAAUUUCAUGCCAAACGACCUGAGCGAGAUUAUGGCGGCGCUAUCGAUGAGCAUUUCCAGACCGAGCCCAUUACAAAAUCAGAACCAGAAACGAACGAGAAUCACCAGCAUAGAGCUGCCUCACGAACAAAUCGUUGGCAGCUGUUUUGUUUAUCAGAUCGUACUGUCGAACUUUGCAGAGAUUGCAAAUGUGUAUCAACUGCUCGAUCGCAACAGAGGACUGCCUUCAAGCAUACGCUACGACUUCGUUUGGCUCCCCCCAACACAGGACCUUACAACUGACAUGAGGCAAUUGAAUGAGGCGUUGCAGUACGCGAAGUGGCCUUUUCCUUUAAAGUUUCAAGUGCAGAGACUGGCAACCAAUGGCUUCCUUCGCCCCAAAAAAGUUCUCAGACUCCUCCCCGCGAUCACACGAGUAUCUAAAAUCUCCGGCGCUCAUGCUGCCACAUGGGCUGUCCAGCAGGUGGCAGAUUCUCUACCCAUACCGGGCCCGGACGCUGCACCUGAAGAGUUCAAUGUGAACGACCUAAUUAUGAAAUUAGAAACCACCGCAGCAAGCUGGCGGGACGAGGGCUCCGUCUAUGAUCUUACUAAGCGCCAUCAGCAUAUCGUGCUAGUUCACAAGGUCUUCAUCACGCCCACAGGAACAUAUCUUGAGGGCCCAGAGAUGGAAGUCACCAACAGGGUCCUACGCAACUACUCCAAGCACACUGACCAGUUUAUCCGCACCACGUUUGCCGAUGAAACCUACGAGCCGGUUCACUUCGACCCAAACGCAUCAAUGGAGGAGAUCUUCCACAGCAGGUUCAAGGCAGUGCUGGAUAGCUCAAUCAACAUCGCAGGCUACGGCUUCACCUUUCUCGGAUUCUCCCAUUCUUCGUUGCGCUCGCAAACGUGCUGGUUUAUGGCACCCUUCAUCCACGACCAGGAGUUGAUCGUUGCUCAAGAGGUCGUCAAACGUCUUGGUGACUUCUCGCAUAUCCGAUCUCCAGCCAAAUGCGCAGCUAGGAUCGGACAAGCGUUCUCUGAUACUAACGGAGUGGUAACCAUCCGAGAGGAGAAUCUUGAGCCCAUGUAUGACGUGACGCGCAAUGGUCGUGUGUUCAGCGACGGUGUAGGCACCAUUUCGCCGAAGCUUCUCAAGCGGGUUUGGAUUGAUUAUGCCAUGUCCCGUAAUCUGAAGCCUACCGCCCUUCAAAUACGCUUUGGUGGUGCAAAGGGUAUGCUGUCUCUCGAUACCACUAUAUCCAGUGAGGUAAUACGACUUCGCGAAUCAAUGAUCAAAUUCGAAGGAUCCCCUUCACUAGACCUCGAGAUCUGCGGAGCGAACUUCAAGCCGCUACCAAUGUAUCUCAACCGGCAAUUUAUUAAGAUCUUGGAGGAUCUUGGAGUGGAUGAAGACGUUUUCCUGGAGCUUCAGAGUGUUGCUGUUGAGAGUAUCCGACGCAUGACUUCGUCUCCAGUGAACGCUGCUACCUUCUUGGAGAUCUCACGUACUGGCCUAGCCACGAAGACACCGUCCCUCAUCCGAAUGCUGAACGACAUGGGUUUGUCAUUUCACAAUGACGACUUCCUUCAACACACUGUCGAGAUCGCAGCACUGGUAGCGCUUCGCGAGAUCAAGCACCGAUCACGAAUCCUCGUCGAGCAUGGCGUUACGCUCUACGGUAUCAUGGAUGAGACCGGCAUCUUGAAGGAGGGUGAAAUCUACUGCGUGACCGAGACAGCGUCUGGCGGCCGACGUGUUCUUAGCGGUGGUAAAGUGGUCAUCACUCGUGCUCCAGCUCUGCAUCCUGGCGACGUUCAGGUGGUCAAAGCAGUAGAUGUGCCAGCUGAUUCUCCACUCAACGCUCUACACAACUGUGUUGUGUUCAGCCAACACGGCGCGCGUGAUUUACCCAGCUGCCUAAGCGGUGGAGAUCUGGACGGAGAUCUCUACAACGUCAUCUACGACCCGCGUUUGAUCCCUCAAACCACGUACGAACCAGCCGACUACCCCAGAGCCAAGGCCCUGGAUAUUGGAAGAGAGGUAGUGCGGCAAGACAUGACGGACUUCUUUAUUAAGUUCAUGGAGACGGAUCAGCUCGGCCGCAUAUCAACGCUGCACCAAGUGCUUGCCGACCGCUACGUCGAAGGCACACUGCAUCCUAAUUGUAUUCUGCUCGCUGAGCUCGCGUCCACCGCUGUCGACUUCUCUAAGACUGGUAUUCCUGUCGACAUCAAGCGGAUUCCACGCUCUAUUAAUACCCGGCCGGACUUUAUGGCUCCCGGCCCGCGCGUGCGGAUCGAAGACAAAGGUACUAUCUUCGAAGACGAAGCUGACGAGGAUGCCGACGAAUUCGAAGACCCUGUUAGGAGUCUCGAUCCAGACAGCCGGGCCGUACGGUAUUAUGAGAGUGACAAAGUGCUCGGAAAGCUGUACCGCGCGAUCGACGAGCGCGCGAUCCUCUCCGCCAUCCAGGCGCGCUCCAAGACCCAAGCCCAGGCCCUGGCUGACGCCACAGCCACCUCGCUCAUGGACAAAGUGUGGGUGCACGUGAAGCGCAACACGGCGCUCGUACAAUACGCACACCACCUCUUGGCUGCACGCGGAAUGAAAGAAGCCUACGAGCACAACCUUGCGGACAUGAUGUCUACCUAUUCGACGCAUCCGUCUCAACCGCUCUCAGAGUUCGAAGUGUUUAGCGGGAGUAUUCUAGGCAAGUGCGCGGGCGCGCAAAACAAGCGCGUCAGGGAGAAUAACGCCAAGAUGAAGGAGCAGUUUGAGCGGGACGUUACGUUCUGGGUUGAGCGUAUCACGCAUGGUGAUGAUGGCGAUAGGGAGGAGGCGCUUGCGAGGAGUAUUGCGGCCUUGCAUGUCGGGAUGGAGGAGGGCAGUCGGAUGGCGGGCAAGGGUAGGAGACGGGCGGAGUUGAGGAGCUGGAGGUACAUCGCUGCUGCUGUAUGCUUGAAGGAGGUUGAGAGAUUUCAGGGACAGUUCGGCGGCGCUUGGAGGUGGGUUGAGGUGGAUGGGAUAUCGACGUUGCGGAGGGUGCCAUGA